AUGUUCAAAUAUGUCUGCAACUGCGCUCCCAAGGCGAAGCUCGUCCGCAAGCUUGGGUAUGGUCUCCGAUCAUCCGUAUGGCUCGUCUGGGACGGAGAAGAUCACCUUGCCGUCAAGAUUUACACUAUCGCUGCCUCAGAACAUGCGAAGACCGUGGGACUCCCCAUUCUCAAGGUCGUCCACGACCUUGAUAUGACUUUGAAUCUUCCAGCGUAUCAUGGCAAGUUCUUGGAGAAAACUACCGCUAGAUCGCAUCUCUGUGUUGUUUCGAAUCCGAUGAGCACUACUGUCCGAGCACUCCAGCAUGACGCGAAUUACGACUUGGAGUGUCUGCCUGUUCAUAUCGUUCAGCGCAUCGUUCGAACUGUCGCUGAUGACCUGAGGGGCUUGCAUAGUGUUGGUAUCGUGCACGGAGCCAUCAAACCCGAAAAUAUUUACUUCUGGACACUGACUCCAACUGAAUAUCUUCUACUCAUUUUCGACUCGGAACCAGCACCGGCCAUUAGGAAAAUAGAAAAAUACUUGACUGUAAUAUCUCAGCCCCUUUUCCAUAGGUACAAGCGGACAGCCCAACAAUCGAAUUAUGAACCGGAGAAAGAAGGCGAUUACUCUCUCGCGCCUGAAACGCUCUUGCAAACUGCAUCCUGCUCGCCUCAAACCGACAUCUGGAUGCCGGGAUAUAUGGCAAAACAAUUGCACCUUAGCGGCGUUCUUGGGGAAUCAAUCGACUCCAUCCCGCCUUCAUGGCUCAGCGACGCAAAAAUGAAGGACUACCACGCCGUCACUUCCGGGAUAUCCUAUGAUUCGACCGUAGAGGCAAGUCGGAUGUCUUGCGCAAUGACGAUGUGGUUGGUGCAGCAGCGUUCGUCAAAGCCUGUCUUCGCAUGGACACGGAAAAGCGGGUUCAGCAACGGAGGCGUCUAA